AUGACGGCCCUGAACCCAAAAUUUGAUACUGCCAACGUCGAAAAAACGGAUAAGGGAGAUGCCAAAUCUCCUUCUGCCUUGAUUAUUAAAGCAGUAGACAUCAGUGAGGAACCUGACGUUUCGAAGUUUGAUCCCAAUACCGGAGUGAAAAGGGCUCUCAAGAAUAGGCAUAUCUCACUGCUCGCCUUGGGUGGUGUUAUUGGCCCAGGUUGUCUUGUCGGUGCAGGAAAUGCGCUCAACAAAGGCGGGCCUCUCGCUUUGCUUCUAGGAUUUAGCAUUAUUGGGGUUAUCGCCUUCGCAGUGAUGGAAUCUAUAGGCGAAAUUAUUACCUUAUACCCUUCUGGCGGCGGAUUCACUACAUUAGCUAGAAGAUUCCAUGGCGACGCUCUAUCUGCGGUCUGCGGUUACGCUUACGUCGUUGUGUUUUUUGCAGUAUUGGCGAACGAAUACAAUACUUUAUCGUCUAUACUGCAGUUCUGGGGGCCCCAGGUUCCUCUUUAUGGUUACAUCUUGAUAUUUUGGUUUGCAUUCGAAAUUUUUCAGUUGAUUGGUGUGAGUCUUUUUGGUGAAACGGAAUAUUGGCUUUCCUGGUUUAAAAUAGUAGGAUUAGUGGCAUAUUAUAUUUUCUCCAUAAUUUACAUUUCCGGAGGUAUCAAGGAUAGGCCAGCCUUCGGCUUUCAUUAUUGGAACAGUCCAGGCUCAUUAUCACAUGGGUUUAAGGGAAUUGCAGUAGUGUUUGUGUUUUGCUCCACCUUCUAUUCUGGGACGGAAUGUGUUGCCUUGGCUGCGACAGAGUCAAAGAAUCCUGGCAAGGCUGUCCCGCUUGCUGUUCGACAGACUUUAUGGAGGGUUUUGAUUGUCUAUAUUGGGAUUGCUGUUUUCUAUGGAGCAACCGUACCAUUUGACGAUCCAAAUCUUUCUGCUACCACCAAAGUUCUAAAGUCACCGAUUUCCAUUGCCAUUUCACGUGCUGGUUGGGCCGGUGGAGCGCAUCUUGUUAAUGCCUUCAUUUUGGUAACAUGUAUUUCUGCUAUCAAUGGGUCACUGUAUAUCGGAAGCAGGACUCUAACAAACCUGGCGCACGAGGGUCUGGCCCCAAAGAUUCUUGCUUGGACCGAUAGGAGGGGGGUUCCCAUCCCUGCGAUUACGGUAUUUAACGCGCUUGGUUUGAUAUCAUUGAUGAAUGUUAGUGUUGGAGCCUCAGAUGCAUAUUCCUAUAUAGUCAACCUUUCUGGAGUUGGUGUUUUCAUUGUCUGGGGUGUGAUAAGCUAUACACAUUUGAGAGUCAGAAAAGCAUGGGUGACUCAGGGAAGAUCACUGGAAGAACUACCAUAUAAAGCAUUAUUGUAUCCAUGGACCCCAAUAUUUAGUCUAAUCGCUAACGUUUUUCUUGCACUGAUUCAAGGAUGGACUUCAUUUGUACCCUUUGAUGCAGGAAAUUUUGUCGAUGCUUAUAUCCUUUUACCGGUUGCAAUUGUAUUGUAUGUUGCAAUAUGUGUUUUUAAGAAUCACCACUUCAGGAUUGUUGAUUUAAAGUCAGUGGAUCUAGAUGAAGGCAGAAGAAAGGAUAUUGAUGCUGACUUUUCUGAUCAAGAAAGUAGCCUGGCGUCUUCAGAAAUUACGAAAGAUAAGAAAAGCGGAACUUUGGUCAAAUAUCUAAGUGUUGUUUUCGCUUAG